GUGGAGGGCUUCGUCCAUUUGGUGGGGCUUUGGGUUGCUUUCAGGUUUGGGCUAACUGGAGCAUUUAGUAUUUGACCUCUACUUUAAGAGGAACUUCCAAACAUGACGGACGCGGCGAUUAGCUUCCUUAAGGACUUUUUGGCUGGUGGUGUUGCUGCUGCUAUCUCAAAGACAGCUGUUGCUCCAAUUGAGAGAGUAAAAUUGUUGCUCCAGGUCCAACAUGCCAGCCAACAGAUCACAAAGGAAAAGCAGUACAAAGGGAUCAUGGACUGCGUCAGGAGGAUCCCUAAGGAGCAAGGCUUUAUCUCCUUCUGGAGAGGAAACCUGGCCAAUGUGAUCCGUUACUUUCCCACCCAGGCCCUCAACUUCGCUUUCAAAGACAAGUACAAAAAGAUUUUCCUCGGGGGAAUAGAUCAGAAAACACAGUUCUGGCGUUGGUUUGCUGGUAACCUGGCAUCUGGUGGCGCUGCAGGUGCCACCUCUCUCUGCUUCGUUUACCCACUAGACUUUGCCAGAACCAGACUUGCAGCGGAUAUUGGGAAAACCGGACCUGAUAGAGAGUUUAGCGGUCUUGGUAACUGCUUAACCAAAAUCUACAAAGCUGACGGUAUCAAGGGCCUGUACCAGGGAUUCAAUGUGUCUGUCCAGGGCAUUAUCAUCUACAGAGCUGCUUACUUUGGAGUCUAUGACACAGCCAAGGGUAUGCUGCCUGACCCGAAGAACACACAUAUCUUCAUCAGCUGGAUGAUUGCCCAGAGCGUGACUGCUGCCGCUGGUAUCAUUUCAUACCCAUUCGACACAGUCAGACGUCGUAUGAUGAUGCAGUCAGGACGCAAAACAGUGGACAUCAUGUACACUGGCACAAUCGACUGCUGGAGGAAGAUAUUGAAGAACGAGGGAGGCAAAGCUUUCUUCAAAGGGGCCUGGUCCAAUGUGAUCCGAGGCAUGGGUGGCGCCUUCGUCUUGGUGCUUUAUGACGAGAUCAAGAAGUACACAUAAACAUUCAAGUCUCGCUAAGGAAACCCUUCACCCUCUUGUCUUAAUUUUCAUAGAAUGAUAAAGCUCGGGUGAAUAAUCAGGGUUGGUGUUUAUUUUAUUGAACCAGCCCAGGAGUUGGUUAUGCAUUAUCCUUGUCGCCAGUGUAUUUGGUCAUGGGAGCAACGUUCCAACUUUCAACCUGUAUUUAUCUUACUCAAGAUUUGCAGGAAAACGCACAGCCAGUCCUCCGAGUGGACUGUCCAUCUGGUCCAAAUAAAAAAACGACUGCUGCAAAAACAGAUUGUAUCCACUCUUCUCAGUUCUCUCAGCCAAUCAAAGGAACUCAUAAGUGGUCGUUAUCCUGCAAGGACCUUAUGUUCUUGUUAUCCCACAUUAUGUAUGCCAUCUGAAACAUUCUUUAAAUAAAAAUCUAUAUGAACGAUAUGCAA